AUGGAGCUUACUAUUAGAAGCAAGACAUUAUCCACCGCCUUCUUCGUCAUUGAGGUGCAAGAUUUCAUCGAUCAAAUACAUCCUCCAUCAUCUAAGGGUCAUCGCAUCAUUUUGGUUGCUAUGGAUUAUUUUACUAAAUAAGCUGAAACUGUUCCUCUCAAGAACAUGACACACAAAGAGGUGAUUGAUUUUAUAUUAGAGCAUAUUGUUGAUGGAUCCGAUAUUCCACUGACUUCAACUAUGGAUCAAGGUACUUCAUUCAUGUCACAUCAGGUACGUGAAUUUUCCAAGUCAGUGAAAAUUAAACUUCUCAAUUCAUCUCCAUAUUAUGCUCAGGGCAAUGGUCAGGCCGAGUCUAAUAAUAAAAUUUUGAUUAAUCUUAUUAAGAAGAAAAUAGAGGAACACCAUAGGAGAUGGCAUGAGGUUCUAUCGGUGGCUUUGUGGGUACAUUGUAUAUCUAGACACGGUGCCACUAAAGUAAUGCCGUAUGAACUUGUUUAUGGACAAGAGGUUGUAUUACCCAUUGAAGUGAAUCUUGGUGCUCUAAGAUUGGCCGAACAAAAUUACUUGUCAGUUGUGGAUUAUUAUGAUUUAGUGAUGGACAUGAUUGAUAAAGUGACGGAUGAAAGGUUGAAGGCUUUGAGGGAGAUCAAGAAAGACAAAUUAAGAGUAGCUAAAGCUUACAACAAGAAGGUAAAAGCAAAGUCAUUUCAGAUUGAUGAUCUUGUGUGGAAGACUAUCAUGCCUAUUGGAUUGAAGGACAACAAAUUUGGCAAAUGGUCUCCAAGUUGGGAGGGUCCGUACAAAGUUGUAAGUAUCGUCCUUGGAAAUUCUUAUUUGUUAAAAACUUCGCAAGGGGAGAAAUUGCCCAAAGCUAUUAAUGGAUGA